AUGAGUACUUCGAGGAAAGUAAAACAUGGAAAUGAAGACGGCGACGAAAAGUCUUCCAAUAAGAAACAGAAAAAAGGCAAGCAAAAAUAUGCUUCACGUCACCGCUAUGUUACUAUUACUGCAGAAUAUGUGCCAAGAACUCUGAAUGUGGUUGACUUCGCUGAGGCUAGUGCAAGAGCCUUUGAAAUAAAUGCAAUGAAUGAUGCUUUGGAACGAAGAAAACAAGCAAAGAAUCUAAGAGCCUCCCAAACUCUCCCUUCCCAUCUUCGAAGACGAGCCGCCAGUCAUAAUGUCAAGCGAUUACCGGUUCGAUUACGUGAAAAAGCCAAGGAAGAGAUGGGUACCUCGAUCAAGAUUAGUAGGCGGAGAAAAAGGCGCCCAGGUUCUUUGAUCGAUAAGUACACGCAUAGACAAGUAAAAAUUCGGUGGUUAGAAACACAUAUUUGGCAUGCAAAGAGAAUGAAAAUGAUUGAAAGCUGGGGAUACAAAUUGGCAGAGCACCCAAGCGAAAAAAGUAUAAAGUCCUCAUACCGAGCAAGUUCGCAUCUUACCAUUAUAAACGAUGUCUCAUAUUUCGGAUUUAUAAAAUUAAUGGGUGAACAAACUCACUUGAUCAAACUAUUCAAUUCGGUGACUGAUCCUACUUUGCCGUCUAUUGGAAGCGAAAAAUAUCUCAAAGGAAAACGACAAUGUUCUACAUAUUUAUAUUAUUUUUCAAAAUAUCCGACACAUUUAGUUUCACCUAUGAACCUGAUUUGGCAACCCAGAAAAGAAAUAAAUGACAUCUCGCGAAAUAUUCUUGUGUGGAUUCAUCCUUCUGCGUUUGAUGAAGCUAUAUGUGUAUUCAACGAGGCUAUUAAAUAUCUUGAAUUAGAAAAAGAGAUAAUUCUGAAAAAUCUUCAAACCGAACUUUUGAUGUUCGAAAUAACCGGUCCAAGAUCAACAGCUUUAUUACAGUCAGUAUUGGACUUGGAUGAAGAAAACACCAGAACAUCACAAUCCGAAGAAUCCAAUCAAGUGUGGAAAGCUUUACAGGAUUUACGUACAUCAGCAUCACUACCGCAUGGUGUAGUAUUAGGAUUGAAAAUAAUUGACCCUCGCCUAAGUUUUCCUAAGAAAGUUCCACCGCGUACAAAUAUUAUAUCAGAGGCUUCACAACAAAAUUUGCAAGAGAUUUUGAAUCAUUGGCCUGAUAAUGUUGCUACAUCUGAACUCUGGGACGACGAAAAAAGAAAAUUAUUGAAGGAAAAUAAAAUUUCCGACGGAGAUUUGAAUAAACGACGAAAUCAGAAUCUUAUUCCAGGACAGAAGUUACUACCCCUAGCAGAAGAUGCUCGGGUUCCAAUAAUAUUAAUUCAAAGAGGCGCACAAAUUUCUCAAAUGCAACAACAGCAACAGCGACAAUAUCCUUCUGAAUACACGUGCGGUUGGAAUAUAAUAUUACCAGCUGGAUGGGGCAUGGCAUUAUGGAAAAGCUUUAUUUUUGUAGGAGCAUGGGUUGGUGGUCUUCGAGAAAGACAUAACUUUCAUUUCGAAGCUGGCCUUUCUUAUUUUCCAUGCGAUUAUCCCGGAACUAAAUCUUACGACGAAUACUCACUUCAAGAAAAAACCAAAGCCGAAGACGCGUAUAAUAAACACCCACCUGCUAAACGACCAAAUUACCAAAAACUUUUCGUCACGUCUCCAUUCGAAGCACCAUUUCAUGAUUUGUUAAAAUCUAAUGAAUCCUCAUCGUCGUUAUCAUCCAAACAAGAUGAUGAAAAACAACAACAGCCGGAAAAAAUUUGGAUUCUACAGGGUGAAAAGAACUUGCGGUUGCUAAACGAAUCGGCGAAUCUUGAUGAAUUUAAGGAAAGAUUAGUCGAUCAAAUAGAGGACAGAAUGAGUUCGAGUGUCUUGAAUAAAUAUUCGUUGGAUAUUUCAAAAGCGGUUGUGCGUGUUCGUGUUAAUUUCUUAACACGAGGUGUUGUCGGAGCCUAUGCGAUAAUUUAUAAGGUUGAAAAGAACGCUUAUGAUUAUUGGACGAAAAGAAACCAGUCGCGGGAUAGUUUCGAAGAUGAUCAAGAAGACGAUGAUAUUGAUAAAAAAAAGGAUAAAAAGUUUUCGCACCAUAUUCCGCCAGAUAACGAUAUAAUUGGUUAUGCCACUACCGGUCAAUUCUCAUUCAACAAAGGUCACGGUUUCGCAAUUGGAUGUUGUUCCGUGGUAGCAAUUCAUGAGCUCUUGAGAAAGCAAGUAAGUAGUAUAAGUUCGGCCGACUUAAGCAGCGGACAAAAUUCGAAGAUGACUAUUAUUAAGAUGGGAGCCUUAGUUAGAAAAACCACAAGUAUGAUAUGUCGCCCAGCGUCCAUUGAACUUUUACAGUGA